AACAAACACACUCCCUGUCACCAGAGCACCCCCUACAAUGUAGUCCCACCCUACAGUGUAGUCCCACCCAUUCCGAAUGGAAACACUCCUAUUUCUAAUGGGGGCUUGAGCGGAGGCACACUACGUAAAAUCUGAUCCCUAAGAGGCACAAGGGCUGACCACCCUAUAAAAGGGGCGUGACUCCUCAACGAGCGCCACUCGGGUACGGGAGAAGCAGCUGGUACCACCUCUGGCCAGGACCUCGGAAGCCAAGAAGUCCGCAGAAGCUGGUGACUUAACAACCCACCGCGCUCCGGUCAUGGAAUCUCACAAAAAGUGCCCCUGCUGCUACUGCACUGACUUGAAGACCUUUGUUGGAGCAGUGAAGGAGGAAACACUUCAGGAUCCACAGCCUAGCUUGAGCUCAACGCUUUUGGAGGGAGCAGACUACCAGGAAAACGCGGAAUCUGAAACAACUUUCUACUCCGACUUUGGAGCCAGCCCGAAGGAGGAAGAAGUGGAGAUGGAGAACUCUCUGUUCAACUCCAUGUUUCUGGAAGAAGCAAACUACCAGGAACCCGAGGGAUUCGAACCCUCAAGAGGAGAAGCAGCAGCGCCGGUUGCAGAAGCACCGCAAGCCUGGAAUGGGAAUGAAAACCUUGGAGGCGGCUUCCUGGAGUCCAACGCUCAGCUGGGGGAGGCGGAUGCCGCCCCUGUGCGGCAGUCCCUGAUGCGUCCUCUGAUGCAGCCUGUUGCUCAGUCUUCGCCGCAACCCCUGCCCGCAAACCCGCUGCAGGCCCCGCAGCAGCCCGAGGAGCAGGAGGAGGAGGAGGAGGAGCAGCCGGGGGAGGAGCAACCCCAACAGGAGCCGAAGCCUCGCCGCUACCGCAUCUGCUUCACCCCGAUCCAACUGCAGGAGCUGGAGGCCUUUUUCCAGCGCGUCCAGUACCCGGACCUGUUUGCUAGAGUGGAGCUUGCCCGACGCCUGGGCUUACCUGAACCUAGAGUGCAGGUUUGGUUUCAGAACAGAAGGGCCAAGUGGAGACGACUUCGGCGGGCACAGGCAUUCAGAAACAUGGUUCCAGUCGCCAUGAGUCCCCCUGUGGGUGUCUAUCUUGAUGAUCAUUAUGGCCCCAUCCCUAUUGUGGAGGUUAUUUGGAAGUGCUACCCAAUGGUGCCUCGUCCCAUGCAUCCUCAAAUGAUGCCUCUUCCACCCAGGCCCCCUCCAGGAUUCAGAAUGCCUCCACCAUUUAGGCCACCUCCUCUGCCACCUUUUCCCUGGCCACCUGUACCACCUGAUGCGCACAUACCCAAUGCAGCAAGGGAAUAUAACCCCUUCCCCUUCCCCUUCCCCUUUCCCUUUCCCUUCCCCAACCCAUUCCCCAACCCCAACCCUAACCCCAACCCCAACCCCAACCCCAACCCCAACCCCAACCAAAAUUUUGCAGGUCCCAGAUACAGAUACUGAAGUCUACAUCAGUUUUCCAAAAGUGUUUUUCAAUCAGAUUUAUAUCGUUUGUAAACACUAUCACGCAUUACCUGUCAAGAAGCUGUUAAACGAAAUGUACAAAGUUAAUGCCUUCUUUGUUUUGAUUUUCAAUAAAAGUUUGGAUUAGCAGCA